GCCUACGACAGACUUGGACGCCCUGAAAGAUCAAGGACGUGCCAUAGCAGAGAGCUGGAUUGGAAGAGGACCAGCCAGGACUAGAACCAGUGCUCAUAUGGGAUGCUGGAGCCACAGGCAGAGGAUUAACCUACUGUGCCACAGCACUAGGCCCUCGGUUGUGUCUUGAGGUUUUCUGAACACCUCUGUGUGAACACUGAUUCUGCACACGGGAGCCGGCUGCAGCUAGCUGGACGCAGGAGGGGACACAUGGAAGUGAUGGAGGUGGCCCGCCCACCAGCCAGGGCUCAGCUGAGUGCCGUGGCUGAUGCUUGCCCACGCUGCUGAGAAUGGCACCAAGCUCCAGUGUGGAACCAGGACAAAGGUUAGCCCGGGACACUCCUGGACACCGACCCUGAUGUCUGUUCGGAGCCGAGCACUCCAAGGUGUGAGAAGACAAAGAGGCACCGUUCACUGAGCCGCUGGUUCUUGCUGCUGAAGUUUCCCCGGGGCUGAGCAAGGAGGCCUCUCAGCUGUCUCCUGUUUCCCGUGCCUGGACCAGCCACACUCUCCUGGCACCGCCUCUCGGACAAGGGCUGACCUUGCCCAGCAGCCGAGCCCUGUCUGCGCCAUGGCGUCCGCCGAGCCCCUGACGGCGCUGUCCCGCUGGUAUCUGUACGCCAUCCACGGCUACUUCUGCGAGGUGAUGUUCACGGCGGCCUGGGAGUUCGUGGUGAACUUUAACUGGAAGUUCCCGGGGGUCACGAGCGUGUGGGCGCUCUUCAUCUACGGCACGUCCAUCCUCAUCGUGGAGCGCAUGUACCUGCACCUGCGCGGCCGCUGCCCGCUGCUGCUGCGCUGCCUCAUCUACACGCUCUGGACCUACCUGUGGGAGUUCACGACCGGCUUCAUCCUGCGCCAGUUCAACGCCUGCCCCUGGGACUACUCCCAGUUCGACUUUGACUUCAUGGGCCUCAUCACCCUGGAGUACGCGGUGCCCUGGUUCUGCGGCGCACUUAUCAUGGAGCAGCUCAUCAUCCGCAACACCCUGCGCCUGCGCUUCGACCGGGACGCCGAGCCCGGCCAGCCCGGCAGUGCCCUGGCCCUGGCCAAUGGCCACGUCAAGACUGACUGAGUGGGGGGGCUGGCGGCGGGGCCCGGGGGUCUCCUGUGGAACCCGUGGACAAAGAGACCAAGCUGGUGGCUUGUCCCCUCUGCACAGCACAAGCCCUUCUCGGGCUGGGCCUCACCCACAGCCCUGCCCUCUCCACUGUUGUGGGGUACGGUCAGAUGGUGAUGGGGGGCAGGGGGCCAGGGGGCCAGGCAGCAGAGGAGCACUGGGAAGGGGCCACAGGUCUGCACCCAGCUCAGAGGCUGGAAGCAGGAGGCCUGUCGCUGAGCAGCAAAUGGACCACAUGGAUGACUCUGGAAGCAGCAGGCCACGUCCUGGCUAAGGGAUGCUGACACUGGGGCCGCAGGUGGGAGGCAAGGCCAGAGGAGGCUCUGGGCUGCUGCUGUGGUCGUGUCCCUCCCUCUCACCUGGAUUUAGCUGGGCUUUGGCUGGCUCCAUUAGGCAAUAUUCAGGUGCUUGCUUGCAACCAAUACCUCCCCAGGGGCCUGCUGAGCUACAAGCCUAAGAGAGACUGGGCAGCCAGGAGGCUGCGCCGUGGCCAGGCUGGUCUGGGAGGGCUGGGACACCUUCCCUUGGCUCCUCUCCCCUCCCCCAGGGCCCUUCGCUGCUCCUUCGGCCUUCUGGGGGUCCAUGUGGUGCUGGAUUCCCACCAACCUUGGGCUUUUGGAGGUAUCAAUCCCCGUGUGUUCGGUGGCGUUUCCCCUUUUCUCUUGUUUUCAAGGCCUUGACCACUUUAGCCCUUUUAUCCAUGUUGAUCACGAUGUCCACUCCCAUCCCAGCUCCCUGGCCAACACAGCCGCUGCCAGAUGUAAAAACCUGGGACAGACCUCCCCCCACCCCACCCUCCCCACCCCGCCAGCCUCUUGGAGCUUUGCCCGCACUCCUGUGUGGGCCUGAAGACGGGGCAGUCCUUGAGCUAUGCCUCCACACCCCUAGUCUGGUGGGCUGUCCCUGCACCUACUCCCUGCAGGGUCCCAGACUAAAACAAAGGACACCCCACCCCACCCCCACUCCCUGCACAGUCAGGCCAAGAUGGGCCCUGUGGAUCUACAAUGGAAACACAGAAGGAAAUCGGCUGGGGAGAAGGUUGCAUUUGCCUUGAUUGGUAUAUUCACAUGUCAAUCAGGGAAUCUCGCUUUCUAGGGGUUGGAGGAGCAGAUCUCCAGUGUUGGAGACCCAUGGAAGAUGAGGAGGAAGAAGACGACUGUCAGCUUUGGCUCUUCGGGGCACCCCCCCCCUCCAUGGGGAGGUACCAGUGCUGAUCCUGCCAUAGCCCCAGCUCUGCAGAAAAACCUCAGGACUGCUCUUCUGCCUCCCACCCCCCAGCAAGGCCAACCCUGUGUGCUUACUCCUUAAACAGUAUUGACCCUGCCACUGUCAUGGGCAUUGUCACCUUGGUUGUCCCCUUAAUCCCCGUGACGGGUCCAUUGCUGGCAGUGGACAGCUGGGAGCCUCAUUCCAGCCCACUUCUCUUCUGCUCUCCCCUCCGGCUUGAGGAAGUGGCCCGACCCAUGGUCAUGGUCUUUUCUUGAGUGCACUAGAACUCCUAGGUGGAAAUUAGCCUUUCCCUUUCUGUAGAUCGUUGCAAAGUGGGAUGCCGCCUCCAGAGCGACACCCCUUCCCUGCUGGCUGCUCCUCCUUGACCAUGCAGGCAGCCCGAGCUGGGCCACUGGCUGGUCUGCAGCAUGGUGCAUGGCAGCGGCGUGCUGGCUCAGGAGACCGGCUUGGAGCCUGCCUUUGACAGAAUUUCCCUGCAGCCGGCCAUGGCCAGGGCAGGGUGAUGGGCAUUUGCCAGCCUACUUUCCGCUCAGAUCCGUGCAGUCCAGGGAUGAGCUAUAUUCUGCGGGGGCCGGCCCUGCCUUUGAUUUCACUGUGGUCCCAAUUCCAGGGCGCCAGGAGCUAUGGGGAGUUGGGCUUCCUGUGGGUGUGGGUUGCUUCCCACCUACAGGUGGAGUGUUCCAGAAGGAGCAUACCGUCUGGCUUCACGGUUCUCCCUUGGCAAUUGUUUUUUUGAGUCCUCUUCUCCAAUUCCAUGUCUUGGUCUCCUGGACCUCAACAUGUGGGCCCCUUGACCACACCAUCCAUGUUCUUACUCCUCUCCUAAAUCGAAUCCAGUGGCCAGCUUGCCUGAGUCUCCCAGCACGAGGCCCCCACGGUCCUCGGCCAGAGCAAAACCCUAGGACGGCCCUCUGGGUUGCACCAUUCGGGAUGCCUUGUGGGCAUCCCCUGGCGCCACUUUCUUUCUGGGCCCAGUAACACUCAGGUGCAGGAGUCCCUGGAGCAAGCCUGCUGUGCCCGGCAGCUGUUUCUUCUCUGGCCCCUUGCAGGGCACAGAGCCCUCAAAGGGGAGGUUGCUGCCAGUGGCCUGAUCUGCAGGUUGUCUCACCAGAGGUAGCCCAGACUUCAACUCCUGCUUUUCCGGGGGAGUAUCUUCAAGGCCCCGACCCCUCCGUGCCCAGAGACUCAGCAUUUGGAGUAGUGCCAGCCCUGCCAAGCAGCAGGGUGCUGGUAGGCAGAGUCUGCUGGCUGUUCAUGACCCUUUGGUGUCCUCGGCCCCUCUUCUGCCAGACGCAGCGCACCUCUGAGUGACAGGUCACGGUGUGCUGCCCUGCAUGGUUGAACUGCUUCUGAUGUCAGCUAGGCAUCCCGCCCCACAUCCCUAACCCUACCCCUUUUCUAUGCCGGUGAGUCACAAUGGCCUAUGCUUAUUCACAGCAAUAAUACCUAGGGAGUGUCCAUGAAGCCUCCUGUGCUCGCCCCUUGCUCUGCAUGGGUGUCCUGGGGAGGCUGGCACUGAGCCAGUCAGAUUACGAGAACCUGCCUUUAGGGAGCCCUGGGCUUGUGCAUUCACCAUCAUCGGGGAGGCAGACAGGCCCAUGGCUCAAGGAGCUUUGGCUACGACAGGGACAGUGCCUUCUAUCCUGAGGUCACCCCAGACCUGGAGGGGCUGCAGGCCCUGGCUCUGCCUAGGAGCCCAUGAAGGGGGUGGGACUGGCUCCUAACUGGGCAGCUCCUGAGAAGGCCAUGGCUGGUGUGCACCCAUCGCCUGCUCUGUGUCUCUGUUGGUCUCUCUGUCUAUUCCUUUUCACAUUCGUGCACAUAAAAUAUACUGGUGUUUGUGUUCCA